AAAAUAAUUCGUUUCGUACUAAGAAGUGAAAGCGGAAAAUAACGGCGAUUUCCAGCAGGAGCGAUGGAGCGUGAUCGGUCAAAACUCAAAACCCUUGCCUAUUAAUCAACAACUGCAGCAAAAUACGUGCUGUGUUUAACGGAUUGGAAUCGACAACUUGUGCAGAUACAUUAUUAGCAGAGUAUUUCCUGAUGGCUGGUCAACGAAAUAGCUAUGGGAAACGCUCCCAUUCACAGUCUGAUUAUGCUGACAAUGGGAGAAAUAAAAGGAGAAAUACUGGCUCUGAUAAGGACCUUUUCUCAAUCGGUCCUGACGACACAGUUUAUCGGUACUUAUGCGCUGGAAAGAAGAUUGGAAGUAUUAUCGGCAGGGGAGGUGAGAUUGUUAAGCAAUUAAGGGUGGACACUAAAUCUAAAAUCAGGAUUGGUGAGACUGUGCCUGACUGUGAGGAACGUGUUGUCACUAUCUACAGCGCAAGUGAGGAAACAAACAACUUUGAUGGCUCUGAAAAUUGUAUUUGUCCUGCCCAGGAUGCACUUUUUAAAGUCCAUGAGAAAAUUGUUAGCGAGACAAUUGAUGAGGAUUCUGAGAAUGCCCCCCAGGUUACCAUUAGGCUUCUAGUACCUUCAGAUCAGAUUGGAUGUGUUAUUGGGAAAGGGGGUCAGAUAGUACAGAACAUUCGUAGUGAAAGUGGUGCUCAGAUUCGUAUAUUGAAAGAUAACCAUUUGCCUGCAUGUGCAUUGAGCUCGGAUGAACUUUUGCAGAUAUCUGGUGAAGCCACUGUAGUGAAGAAGGCUCUUUAUGAAAUAGCAACGCGUCUUCAUAAGAAUCCAUCUCGUUCUCAGAACUUGCUUGCUUCUGCUGCACCAAAUAUCUACUCUUCGAGUUCACUUGUAGGUCAUACUGCUGGUGCUCCAAUUGUAGGCAUGGCCUCAUUAAUGGGGUCUUAUAGGGGAUACAAAGGAGAGAGUGGGGACUUAUCAAGGUCUUUUUACUCUGCUCCAAGGAAUGAGUCAUCUUCAAAGGAAUUUUCUAUCUGUUUGCUGUGUCCUACAGCAAAUAUUGGUGGUGUUAUUGGUAAAGGUGGUGUCAUAAUCAAUCAAAUUAGACAGGAAUCUGGUGCAGCAAUCAAAGUAGAUAGUUUUGCUGCUGAAGGUGAUGAUUGCGUGAUUUCAAUUUCUGUGAAAGAGUUUUUUGAGGACACAUAUUCUCCUACUGUUGAAGCAGCAUUGCGCUUGCAACCAAGGUGCAGUGAGAAAGUUGAUAAAGAUUCUGGUCUUACACCAUUAACCACGAGAUUGCUGGUCCCAACAUCUCGAAUAGGCUGUCUUAUUGGAAAAGGAGGCACCAUAAUCAAUGAGAUGAGGAAAAUUACGAAAGCUAAUAUCCGUAUACUCUCCAAAGAAGGCCUCCCAAAGGUUGCUGCUGAAGAUGAUGAGAUGGUGCAGAUCUCAGGAGAACUUGAUGUUGUAAAGGAUGCACUCAUACAAGUAACUUCACGUUUGAGGGCAAACCUUUUUGAAAGAGAGGGUGCUGCAUCUGCCUUUGUGCCAGUUCUUCCCUACCUCCCCAUGACUACAGGUUCAGAUACCUUGAAACAUGAAAGUAGGGACUCUAGAAGACAUGGACAUUCUUACUCAGCUGGGUAUGGUGGUACGACUGAUCUUCCACGUGCUGAUGGUUAUGGAAGUUACAGUGGUAUCCAGCAGAGUAGCAGCAUAGGAUAUGGAGCUUAUGAAGGAUAUUCCCUUGGGCGUUCUGGUGGUUCUAGGUCAUCGGGGCAAGACCCUGCUUCCCGGAGAAAAAGUUAUGGUUACUAGAGUGUGUAACUGGACUGCAGCUGAGAUAUAUGAAGCCUGAAGCCAGCCUAUUGCCUCCCUUGCGCCUAAACCAGAAGACCAGAUAAAUGAGGAUUUGGAAACUUUGGCCUACCUUGAUGCUUUUCCUUAGGAGGACCAUAACUGAAGAUUUUACCUAGUAUUGAAAUUUGCCAGGUCCUGACAUCAUUCACUUACAAGCUCAAAUCUUGUGGUCCCAAGAACCUGUGUAGCCAGCACAGCACGCCUUUAUCCUUCUUCCCUUUGUGUGGUUGUAUUACAAAUGAAUAAACACAUAAAUAUCAGCCUGUCUUGGUAUACCUUUUUUCAGUUCAAUUUUAAUUUGGAUGAAUUAUUGUGGGAUUUGCUUAUUUAAUCAAGUUAGAUGUUAGACCUGUUGUCCUCGA